UUAGUUAAUAAUUUUUAUGACUACGUCGAAUGGAUUUACUGUAUACUGUUCAGUAGGAUUACUUAGCCAAAUUAUUGUCAAUUGCUAAUCUAAAAUUUAAUUAGUGCAAUACAAUGUUAUUGUACUCGUAAAGUAUUAACUGUUCGUUAAUUAAUCGAUAGCUGUUAAGGCAUCAUGAUCGCAUACUAUUUGUCCAAUUUAUAUCAUGUAUUACAUUAAAAUGUUGUUUCAACAGUGAAAAGUGACCAUUCAAAUAGUUCAAAAAUGUAUGCGGCCAAUGGAUUGUAUGUUGUGCAGGGAGAGCUGUCAACUUUAAUAUCGGCGUUAAAAAGAGAUCACAAUUCAUAUCAAGAUGAAGAAAGAUAUUCUCCAUGUAAAAGAUUAUUCAAAUUAAGAGAUGCUAUUAAUCAAGUGGAAGAUUUAAUGUCCCUUAAUUUUGAUCAUGUUAUGGAACCAUUUUUGGAUGUCAUACGAUGUGAAGAGAUUACUGGCCCAGUAACAAGUUUAGCAUUGAUGUCAAUUUAUAAGUUUAUAAAUUAUGGACUAAUAAAAAAAUGUGUUCCUGAGUCAAAAUUAUUGACAACUGUAGAAAAUAUUGCAGAUGCAAUUACUCACACUAGAUUUUUGGGAACUGAAAAAACUAGUGAUGCUAUAGUAUUAAUGAAAACCUUACAGGUUUUAUACUGCUUAAUGAUGUCUCCUGAAGGUGAAUUUCUACCAAAUGAAAGUGUUUGUGAGAUUAUGAUGAGUUGUUUUCGUUUUUGUUUCGAAGUUAGACUGAGUGAAUUUGUCCGAUCCUAUGCUGAACAUUGCUUGAAAGAUAUUAUUCAACUUCUUUUUUCAAGACUAGUUACAUUAAGUAAAGAACUGGGAAAUUCAACAAAAGUAUUAGGACUCAACAUGAAGAAUUAUGGCGACCCUCUGAGUAAUUGUAAUGAGAACGUGGAAAAUACAGUGGACACAGUCAAUUCAAGUGAUGAAACACCAUUACCGGAAGUAUCAACUUUACCUCAAUGUGAUUCAAUUGUUAUCACUGAAGCGUCAAAACUAGUCAUAGAAAAUGAAAGAGAAACUUCACCUAGUAUUGAAUUACCGACUGAUGAAUUACCAUUACUAAACAAUGAAAAUGAGACAGAUUUAAAUAGUGAGAGUCCAGUAGAUGAUGAUAAAAAAGAAUAUGUGAAUGGUCAAGGAGUAAGAUUUACAACCCAAAUACCUAUACCUUACACUAAAGUUCCAUACAAUAGUGGCUGUGUUUUGGAGCUUAUUAAGUUUCUUGUAGAUGCUUGUGAUCCUCAUGAUCAGCAAAAUACUGAAGUAAUGAUUGGUGUUGGACUCAAUCUUUUGGUCAUUGCUUUUGAAGUGGGAGCAUAUGCCAUUAAGUGCCACGUCAACAUGCAUUCCAUUAUAAAAGAUCAACUAUGUCGUAAUAUUCUUUCUCUCUUGUCUCAUGAGAAAAUGCCAAUAUUCAGUUCAAGUCUUAGACUUGCUUUCUUAGUGUUUGAAUCUAUGCGUCAACAUUUAAAAUUUCAACUGGAAUACUAUAUGACCAAUUUAAUAAACAUAGUGGUCAAUGAAAAUUCGAAAAUCCCAUAUGGUAAAAAAGAAAUGGCCCUAAAAUGUCUUGUCCAACUAUGGAAAAUCCCAGGACUGGUUACUGAACUUUAUUUAAAUUAUGAUUGUGGACUUUAUUGUUCAGAUUUGUAUGAUGACAUUACUAAGCUAUUAUCUAAAAAUGUUUUUCCGUUCAAUGAUAUCUACAGCACACAUUUAUUAUCAAUGGAUGCUCUUUUAGCUGUGGUUGACUCAAUUGAACGCCAUUGCCAUAAUCGUACACAAUUCACUCAAAAGUCAGAAAGCAGUUCAACAUAUGAUGUUUCUGAAGAUCAAAAAUCAGAAUCUGAAAUUAAUUUGGAACGUUGGCAACCAGACUUCUCAAUCAGUAUUCCAAGUCAUGAAGAAUUAAUGGCCAUUAAAAGAAAAAAAAAGCUUCUUACUUCGGGUACCGAGAAAUUCAACACAAAACCAAAAAAAGGUAUAGAGUUUCUACAAGAACAUGGUCUCUUAUCAACACCAUUGAAUCCAAUCGAGAUUGCUACAUUUUUGAAAGAGAAUCCUCUCUUGGAUAAAAAAAUGAUUGGCGAAUAUAUCAGCAACAGAAACAAUGUGGAUGUUCUUAAUAGCUUUAUUAAUUCUUUUGAUUUGUGUGGUACACGUGUUGAUGAAGCACUUCGAAUGUAUCUUGAAGCAUUUCGACUACCUGGAGAAUCCCCUCUAAUAUCAUUUGUAUUAGAACCAUUUACAGAAUAUUGGCAUAAAUGUAAUGGGGAACCUUUUGCGAAUGCUGAAUGUGCAUUUUUAUUAGCAUAUGCAAUUAUUAUGCUAAAUGUCGACCAACACAAUCAAAACGUUAGACGGAUAGAUCAACCAAUGACACCAGAUUCAUUUAAACGUAAUUUAAAAAAAUUGAAUGGUGGGGAAGAUUUUGAUCACACAAUGUUAGAAGAAAUAUAUAAAGAAAUCAAAUCCAAUGAAAUUGUUAUGCCUGCAGAGCAUACUGGUGCUGUUUUAGAAAACUAUUUGUGGAAAGUUUUGUUAAGACGUGCAUCUGGUAAAGAUGGAUCUUACAUACAAGCACCUAGUGGAGUUUUUGAUCAUGAACUAUUUUCUAUUUGUUGGGGUCCUACUUUAGCUGCAUUAAGUUUUAUAUUUGAUAAGUCAAGUCAUCAAACAGUUUAUACCAGAACAAUAUUUGGUCUUAGGAAAUGUGCAUUUAUUUGUGCCCAUUAUGGAAUGUGUGCUGAAUUUGAUAGCCUCAUCAUAUCAUUGUGCAAGUUUACUAAUUUACAGAAUAACCCUGAUUGUCCAGAAAAUGUUACUAUACUGUUUGGAAGUAACCCUAAAUCACGACUGGCUACUCGCACUCUUUUUAGUCUAACCCAUAUGUAUGGUGAUAUUAUUCGUGAGGGUUGGUCUAGUAUAUUUGACAUAAUCUUACAACUAUAUAAAUGCAAACUAUUACCUACCAUAUUAGUUGAGUCUGAAGAUUUCCUUGAGCUCAGUGGUAAGGUUUCAUUGAUACGGGAAACAGUGGCCCCAGGUUCACAAAAAUCAGAAUCUGGAUUGUUUAGUUCACUUUACUCUUACAUUGCUUCUGGAGGUGAGACAAUUAAUCAUAAAAUACAGACAUCAAAUGAACCCGAGUUGAUUGUUACAUCUAGAGACUGUAUAUCUGAGAGUCGCUUGGAAAGUCUUAUUACAGAAUCUAAAUUUCUCACUAUAGAAUCAUUGGAAGCUUUAGUAAAAGCGUUAAUUGGAACAUUUUAUAAACCAGAGGGUGCGUUAGCACUUGGGUCACGAGAAAGUGAAAAUGCUGCUAGUUUCUUAUUAGAAAUGCUUCUCAAAAUAGUCUUACAAAAUCGGGAUAGAGUAAACACCCUAUGGGAAGCAGUUAAACAACAUCUGUACAACCUAAUAACAGGUGCUAUUGAACAUAAUCACAUGUUUCUUUUGGAACGCACUGUUGUUGGACUAAUGAGAUUAGCAUCUCGCCUUAUGAGACGCGAAGAAAUAAGUUCAAUGGUAUUGCAGUCAUUAAAUGUUUUACUAUUGCUCAACAAAAAUGAUUUACAAAUAGUUGGCCGUCAAAUAGCAUUUGGAAUGUAUGAGUUAUUAAAAAUGUGUGCUGCAAAUAUUCAUACCAAAGAUGAUUGGACAUUAAUCUUUUCGAUUUUAGAGUAUGUUGGUGCUGGAAUUGUUGUAUCUAAAAGUAAUAAUAUAGAUAAUCGGUCUGAUAAUGAAGUGACAAGUAUAAGUGAUAGUAAUGAUGACAGUGGCUUAGACGUAAAAUCAGUUAAUAAUGUAUCAACCCCUUCGUCGUCACCUCCAGAUAAUAAAUCAGAUUGGUUAAAGAUUGAAACAAAUGCAGGGGCAUUAGAAAUCUGGCCAGAUUGUUCAACAUUUAAACGUCAUGAUGCAUUAUCUUUUGUUAAAUGUUGUGAAUGUCUGGCGUUUUUAGUGCGUAAUAUUGCCCAUAUUACACCAUACAACUUUAUCAAAUGUGUUUCAGUCAUAAAAAAUUUUGCUCGAGCCAGUUUACAAUCAAAUGAUAAAAACAUACGCCAAAAAUUAGGCAACAAACCUAAAACCAAUUUGAAAUCAAAUAAAAAUAAAAUGACUAAUCCAUAUGAUGCAGACGAUAGUGACCCCGAAGACAUUCCAAGUAGUUACACUCAAGUUUCUAUUCAGCUUCUUGACCUUAUGCACACACUGCAUACAAGUACUGCAGAUAUAUAUCGUUGGUGGGCUGAAGAAAAUCCAGACACAGAACUUAUAUCUUUGUGGAGUUAUGGGUGGUGUCCUCUACUCCAAGGCAUAGCCAGCCUUUGUUGUGAUUGCCGACGUGAUGUGAGAAUGAGUGCUGUGACAUACCUACAACGUGCUCUUCUAAUGCAUGAUUUAGCCACGCUCAACGGUGAUGAAUGGGAAGCAUGUUUCCGCAAAGUCUUGUUUCCAUUGAUGAACAAACUGUUAGAGUCUGGAACCGACAUUGAUCCAAGCGGUUUAGAUGAAACAAAAAUGCGGUCUGCCACUUUGUUAUCAAAGGUUUUCUUACAUCAUUUGACUCAGCUUCAAUCAUUACCAACAUUUGUUGACUUAUGGAUCACUGUUCUAGACCUGAUGCACAAGUUUAUGAUAUCUGAUAAUAGUGACACUCUGAGUGAAGCAAUUCCAGAAACCUUGAAAAAUAUGUUAUUAGUAAUGUUAAACGGAAAGACAAACAGUAAAGAAGAAUUGCACAGUAAACAAGCUUUCUGGGAUGCUACUUGGACUAAAGUAAAUACGUUUUUACCCCAAAUGUCCAAUGAUUUGCUUCAACAUCACAAUAGCAGACAAAUUAAAAUGCAAGAUCAUGUCUCACAAUUUACAGAUACCUCAUCAGAUUUAUCAGAAGUAACUCGUCCUGUUGUACCACUUGGACCAAGUGUUAUAAUGCCUCUUGGAUCUCCAACUCCUUUGGAAGUAACACAUGAAGUCUUGAAUUCCCAAUCACCCGUUUUGUCUAGUCCAAUUCUUUAUCAAAAUGUCAAUCAAAACGCAGUGAUGAGUGUACAGAAUUUUGUCAAUCAUACUCCACAUGUCGAGGAUGAUCAAAAUGACGAACUGAUUGCAGUCAUUACUACUGUUCCAAUUUCUCAACCUUAUAUACUCACUAAUGAGAGUGAAGAAUCUGAAAACAGUAAUAACAAACCAGAUUGUGAAGUAAACCAACAACUGCAUUGAAAUAGUUAUACAUUUAUAUUAUUAUUAUUAUUAUCAUUCACUUUUUAUGUUCAAUGUUUUGUAUUAUAUUAUACAUUUUCUAUUUGUUCAUAUUAUUUUAUUUAAUAUAUAAUAUUAUCAAG